AUGUCAACGAAAUCAGCAAAUUCAACUGCUGUCAAUUCAUUUAAUGCAAACCACUCCAACUAUGACGUUUUUAGACCUUCAUUCACCCCAGUUUUGGUCAAUACAUUCUUAGUACAUCUUGGAUUAGCUACGAAAAACCCAGAUGACACUUUCACUUUUGACAUAUCCAAACAUAUUCUUGAAAUUGCUGCUGGUACUGGUAAAUUCACCCGAAACUUGGUUGAUAAUGGUUGGACAGAUAAUUUAGCUGUGUUAGAACCUAGUAAAGGAAUGUUAGAAACAUUUAAUAAGAAUUUCCCUCAAAUUAAAAAUCAAAUUCUUGGAUCAUCAUACAAAAUCCCUCUUGAAGAUAAUUCCAUUGAUGCGGUGAUAAUUGCUCAGGGUUUCCAUUGGUUUGCUGAUUUGGAUAGUUUGAAAGAAAUCUAUCGUGUUUUAAAACCACAAGGGAAAUUAGGAUUGAUUUGGAAUUUCGAUUAUGCCAGUCCAAGUCAAGAUUCAAGUGUCGCUGACUCAGAAUACUUCAAUGCAGGUACUCAAUAUUAUAACACUUUGAAUUUUAAUCUUGAUACUAAUGAAAAAGUGUUUGAACAAUAUUUUGACAAUCAACAAUGGAACAAAGCUGCAACAAAAUUUAUAUAUGGUUUCGAUGUUAAUGUGCCUCAGUAUCGACACGGGAAAUGGAGACAAGUUUUAAAAGAUAAUCCAUAUUUCAGUUCUGAAGAAAUAAAUUUGUUUGCAUUAUACGACCUCACCGUUGCCAAAGAUGAUGCUUGGAAGUAUUGGGAAACAAGAUCUUACAUUACUGAGAAGUCAGACGAUGAAAAACAAAGAAUAAAAAAAGACUUUAAUGAAUUGGUAGAGAAGAACCUCGAUGAUUCAAGUUAUUCUGAUAAAGAUAAACAAUUAAUAAUUAAACCUAUGGCAACUCAUGCUGUUGUAUUACAAAAAAAAUCGUCUUGA